UCCGUUUCUCUGUUGCUUCAAGCGGACCUGGCUAAUCACAAACUCGCGCUUGCUUCUGCCUCGCUCGCUACUCUUUCUUCGGAUCACUCACAACAUAUUUGUUCACGAAACCUAUUCCAUCGCCCAAGAGGUUCGACCCCUCGAACUGAUCAUUUCCCCGCUACAUAGAACCCCUUCCGCUUCAACACUUCUUUCCGUCUUAACACCUGAUAUACCCUCAGCACCACUGCGCGAAAUAUGCAGGCCAUUAAGUGCGUAGUAGUGGGCGACGGAGCCGUUGGCAAGACGUGCCUUUUGAUAUCCUACACCACCAAUGCGUUUCCAGGCGAAUACAUUCCUACAGUUUUUGACAAUUAUUCGGCAAGUGUGAUGGUAGAUGGGAAGACCAUUUCUCUCGGCCUCUGGGACACUGCUGGUCAGGAAGAUUACGACCGUUUGCGCCCAUUGUCAUACCCCCAAACGGACGUUUUCCUGAUCUGCUUCUCGCUCGUUUCCCCUCCCAGUUUUGAAAAUGUUCGAACAAAGUGGUGGCCGGAGAUCUCACAUCACGCACCUCAAACGGCGAUUGUCCUUGUAGGCACCAAGUUGGAUCUUCGGGAUGAUCCCGCAACAAUAGAUAAACUCCGAGAACGUCGGAUGGCUCCCAUUUCUUAUCAGGCUGGUAUUGUGAUGCAAAAGGAUAUUGGUGCUGUGAAGUACCUCGAAUGCUCUGCACUUUCACAGAAGGGCUUGAAGAAUGUAUUUGAUGAUGCUAUACGGGCGGUCCUCAAUCCGCCGCCAAAACAGCCCACUAGGAAGAAGCCUGUGUGCGUUAUCAUGUAAACGAGACUCGAACGUUUUGUCCGCUGCCUGUGUACACUUGUUUUAUGACUUAACGAUCUACUUACCAUUCUCUUAUGAUCCCUCUGCCUCCCAUCAUUUCCGCGAUACAUGGCAAAAGGCGAGAUUAUUUCUCACCCCAUGUGCCUCUGACUUUAUGCGGCCAACAGAACGUCGUUGCCAGCCGAUUGAUCCACCGUGUUUUGACACACUUCUUUUUCCUUUGGACCUUAGGAACUUUUGAAUAGGGGCUUUCCCAAAUCUAGACUUCUAGACAUCUGAAUUACGAGCUUGGAAGAUAAUCAACCUUCCUU